AUGAGCAUCAAGAUGCUCAAGGAGGAGCUGGCUAGGGAAGGCAUCGACUUCUCUCGGUGUGUCGAGAAGUCGGAAUUGGUGGAGAUGGUAAGGGAGGCUCGGCAGGCUGCUACUUCCCGAAGGAGGCAGUCGACCUCGGCUAAGGGCUCGCCGGCUGCCUCGAGCCAGCGACAGGAAGUCCGCCCUCCUCGUAGGUCGUUACGGCUUAGCCAGGCGGCGGCCGUGCUGUCACAGCAACCGAAGGCUGUGUUGAAGUCCCAGUUGAUGGUGGAGUUGGAGAGGAUAGAGAGGUUACCCCAGUCUACGGGGCCGAUGCAGAUACUCGGCUUGACGAGGCCACCGAGUAGUGUUGGGGAGGUGAAGAAGAAGCUCCGGGCCCUUAGUAAAGUAGUCCAUCCUGAUAAGACCGCCAAUGAGCCUCACCUGAGGGGUAGGGCUGGUGAGGCAUUCCAACGGAUGAACUCCGCGGCCCAGGAGGUUAUCAAGUUACUCGAGAAAGGGGCGGCUACUGCUGCCCCUCCAGGAAGAGUCCAACAAUUGACUUACCGAAUGGAAGGUGAAGUGUUGAUAGUCCAAUGGCGACCACCUGCCGACGUCAAUAGGAGGGCAGUGAGCUCCUAUCGAGUCGUGGCCUCGGCCCCCGGUACUACUCCUAUUGAGCAGGGUCUUGUUAGUGCCCAAGGGUCUACUACCGAUGAUGGAUGGGUUGAAUGUGCGAUAUCAUCACAGGGCCGGAGGGGUAAUGACAUUCUAUUCCACAAGCAACACUUCCAAGUGUCGGUGAAUGCAAGUAACCCUAGUGGGCCUGGGCCCACUGCUCACUUGCAUGUAUAUACUAACAACAGCAAGAGGCCACCCUCCAGGAUCCCUCCUCCUCCCCCCUUGGAAAGCUCGAGACGAGGCAACACCAGUCACACCGCUGCGGCUCGGUCCCAUGGCCUUGGCGGACUCCGUCGUCACAAUACAGUAUUUUGA